AUGGGUACAGGAAAGAAGGAGGCCGCUCGUAAAGUGCGGCAGGGAAAGCCCGAUGAUGGCAUGGCCAAUGUCAAGACCAAAGGUGAAAAUUUUUACCGUGAUGCCAAGAAGGUCAAGACCUUGAACAUGUUCAAGUCUGGCACGCCGCGCCGCAACGCGCAGGGUGAUAUCACAGUUGCCGCGACUUAUCAAUCUAAAGAGUUGCCAACAGCCCGCAUCGAGCCAAACCGUAAAUGGUUUGCUAACUCCCGUGUCAUCUCACAAGAGGCUUUGACCUCGUUCCGUGAUGCUGUUGCGGAGCGUGCGGCCGACCCGUACCAAGUUCUUCUCAAGACCAACAAGCUCCCCAUGAGCUUGAUUCGGGACAAUGAUAAAGUCAAUGGCUUGAAGCAACAUCAGGCUAAGAUGACCAUUGAGACUUCUCCUUUCAAUGAUACCUUCGGCCCCAAGGCCCAGCGCAAGCGCGUUAAGCUUGGUGUGUCGUCUCUCGAAGACCUCGCUGGCGAAACAGCCAAGAUGCAGGACACCUACAUUGAGAAGAACGACGAGGGAACUCAUGCCGAUGGAAGCGCAAUUGUUCGCGGUGACGACACUGCCGCGGUCGAAGAUCUGGGUCUACUCACCACCUCUCGUGAAUCUGUCUUUUCCAAGGGACAGAGUAAGCGUAUCUGGAACGAACUUUACAAGGUCAUUGAUUCUUCUGAUGUCAUCAUCCAUGUCCUGGAUUCCCGUGAUCCCGAAGGUACUCGUUGCAGAAGUGUUGAGAAAUACGUUCGUGAGGAGGCACCCCACAAGCACUUGAUCUUCGUUCUGAACAAGUGCGAUCUCGUCCCCACCGGCGUUGCUGCCGCUUGGGUUCGUCAUCUUUCUAAGGACUACCCCUGUCUUGCUUUCCAUGCCAAUAUCAACAACUCUUUCGGCAAGGGCUCUUUGAUCUCACUGCUUCGCCAGUUCUCAUCCCUUCAUUCCGACCGCAAGCAGGUGUCUGUUGGCUUGAUCGGCUACCCUAACACGGGCAAGUCUUCCAUCAUCAACACACUCCGAAACAAGAAGGUGUGCACAGUCGCUCCCAUUCCGGGUGAAACCAAGGUCUGGCAAGUGGAGAACGUUCACAAUCCAGAGCAAUACAUUCCGGCCGUUCUUCGCCGUGUCCUGCCCCGUCACCUUGAGCGCACCUAUGGUAUCAAGUACCAGGAGAACUACCUCGAUUGGCUCGCGCUUCUUGCUCGCCAGGGCGGUCGCCUCCUCAAGGGAGGUGAGGCCGAUCUGGAUGGUGUUGCUAAGAUGGUGAUCAACGAUUUCCUUCGUGGAAAGAUUCCAUGGUACACACCCCCACCCAAGGGUACCGGGAAGGGUGAGAAGGGCGAGGAGAAGGAUGAAGAGACUGUCGAGGGUAUCGAGGGCCGUGAAGGUCGACUCGGCGAGAUGCCCCGGAAGCGCAAGCUGGAUGAGAACAAUGAGCCUGCCGCCAAGGCCGCCGAGGCCGAUUCCGAGUUUGAGCCUGCUCAGGAUGAAGCCGUUGAUGCUGAGGACAGCGAUAAUGAUUCGAUCGCCAACUUGGAGGUCAGCGAUGUGGAGAGUGGCGAGGAGGAGUGA